UACCGCCUUGUAAUUCUCGUGUGUCCUGACCGCUGCGCCAUCUACAGAAAUAAAAUGAAUAAAUUUGGUAACACCCGGUAGCACUCCUGGCCCGCGAUCCGUUCGGUUAACAUCCAAAGUACGCUAGAUAGAAAACAAUGGCAGACCUGAGCAGCAAAGACGUCGAAAAGGCUGAAUUCGCCUUUUCGAUUUACGAUGCUGAUGGCACCAACGUCAUCGAUGCCACCGACCUUGGAAAUGUCCUUCGAGCCCUCAACUUAAACCCCACAAACGCUACCAUUGAAAAGCUUGGCGGAACGAAGAAGAAAGGCGAGAAAAUAAUGAAACUCGAUGAAUUCUUGCCGAUUUACAGCCAAUGCAAGAAGGACAAGGAACAGGGAUGCUACGAAGAUUUCCUCGAGUGUUUGAAACUUUAUGAUAAACAGGAGAAUGGCACCAUGUUGGCUGCGGAACUUUCGCACACACUGCUCACACUCGGUGAGAAACUGUCCGACCCGGAAGUAGAGACCGUACUAAAGGACUGUAUGGACCCAGAGGACGACGAUGGUUUCAUCCCCUAUGCCCCAUUCUUGAAGAAGAUGAUGGUGCUAUUGUAAGCAAACCGGGUCUCAAUGUCACAAAACACGCCGUUCCGUUCCUUCGUAGACUGUGCAACAGAUCAGAAGAAUGAAGUGACAUCGCGAUUGCCGCGCUGGCAUUCAUCCAUCGGCAAACUCCACGUCAACGAGGAACAUGUCUGUUCGUAAUAUUCAUCACACCAUUCAUCCCCUGUUUAAAGUCAUCAAACGCGCCUCAGCAUAAAUACGUUUCACCUUGACGCGUAAACAAAAACCAAAAAAGAAAAUAAUGGAACAUUCUGAAUCGACAACGUUAUCAUCAUCAUCGAGUCCUUCGACAGAGAUAUGUAAAAUUUCAAAUUUCAAGACCAAACCGAAUCCUGUGUAUGUAAAAACAAUUUAUGUGAACUGUUCAAAGAACACACGGAGAACCAAUGUUCUUCUGUUUGGUGCGUACUGUACUGUUGUAAGGCUAAAUAUAUUUUUAAUGAGAAUAAUGUAAAAUAAAUUAAUAAAUAAAUAAAUGAAUACCUUCAUAUAAUA